AAUCGACUUCACUUCCUGGAUUUCAUUCCAUCUAGUUAUCAGCUAACAAAAGAACAGCUUUUGGUUCCUGAAGAUGCUGGUGAAAAAAUAAUCAUGAGAAAGAAAUCCACCUUAUGUCGUCUCUUUUGUCUGCAAGAAUAAACUCAGCCAUCAUACAGCUAACAGGUACAGAGCAGAGGGAAGACACAAGCUCUUUCAUAGGAAGAAAUUACAGAGAAAAUGAGCAUCAUUUCUCCAGGUUUUUAUUUUCCCUGAUCUACAAGUGAUGCUGCUGUAAUUCUAGCUGCAGUUUGUACCGAUCAUUCACCACUCAGCAGCUAGUAGAGAAGUAAGACUGCUUGGCAACCACCUGCAGGGCUGCAGAGAUGAAUUACAUUUUCGGAAACAACACACUUCUGUACUCUCGCGCCAGUCGAGGAGGCAAUACUAGCUCUAGCCAUGGCUCAGUAGGCCCAAAGCAGAAACACUGGGCAAAAAAGGGCUCAUCAGAUGAACUGCAAGCUGAGCCAGAACCUUCACGCUGGCAGCAGAUAGUUGCAUUUUUCACUCGAAGACACAGCUUUAUUGACUGCAUCUCGGUAGCCACCAGCUCCACCCAGCCAACAGAAGCUGUUCCUCCCUCUUCUCCCACUGUCCCUGUGAUCCCUGUCCUGCCAGUCCCUGCUGAGAAUACUGUCAUCCCACCCACCGUACCACAGGUAAAUGGCACUGAUGCAGAUUAUGAAUAUGAAGAAAUCACACUUGAAAGGGGAAAUUCAGGGCUUGGUUUCAGCAUUGCAGGAGGUACGGACAACCCACACAUUGGAGAUGACUCAAGUAUUUUCAUUACCAAAAUUAUUGCAGGGGGAGCAGCUGCCCAAGAUGGAAGAUUGCGGGUCAAUGACUGUAUAUUGCGAGUAAAUGAAGUAGAUGUUCGUGAUGUAACACAUAGCAAAGCAGUUGAAGCAUUGAAAGAAGCAGGGUCUAUUGUACGCUUGUAUGUAAAAAGACGGAAACCAGUAUCAGAAAAAAUAAUGGAAAUAAAACUCAUUAAAGGUCCUAAAGGUCUUGGGUUCAGCAUUGCUGGAGGUGUUGGAAAUCAACAUAUUCCCGGGGAUAAUAGCAUCUAUGUAACCAAAAUAAUUGAAGGAGGUGCAGCACAUAAGGAUGGUAAACUUCAGAUUGGCGAUAAACUUCUAGCUGUGAAUAGUGUAUGUUUAGAGGAAGUUACUCAUGAAGAAGCAGUAACUGCCUUAAAGAACACAUCUGAUUUUGUUUAUUUGAAAGUGGCAAAACCCACAAGUAUGUAUAUGAAUGAUGGCUAUGCACCACCUGAUAUCACCAACUCUGCUUCUCAGCCUGUUGAUAACCAUGUUAGCCCAUCUUCCUACCUGGGACAGACACCAGCAUCACCAGCUAGAUACUCACCAGUUUCUAAAGCAGUGCUUGGAGACGAUGAAAUAACAAGGGAACCUAGAAAAGUUGUUCUUCAUCGUGGCUCAACAGGCCUUGGUUUCAACAUUGUAGGAGGUGAAGAUGGAGAAGGAAUAUUUAUUUCUUUUAUCUUGGCUGGAGGACCUGCUGAUCUAAGUGGAGAGCUCAGAAAAGGAGAUCGUAUUAUAUCGGUAAAUAGUGUUGACCUCAGAACUGCCAGUCAUGAGCAGGCAGCAACCGCAUUGAAAAAUGCUGGACAAGCUGUCACAAUUGUUGCACAAUAUCGACCUGAAGAAUACAGUCGUUUUGAAGCUAAAAUACAUGACUUACGGGAGCAGAUGAUGAACAGUAGCAUUAGUUCAGGGUCAGGUUCUCUUCGAACUAGCCAGAAGCGAUCCCUCUAUGUCAGAGCCCUUUUUGAUUAUGACAAGACUAAAGAUAGUGGCCUUCCCAGUCAAGGAUUGAACUUCAAAUUUGGAGAUAUCCUCCAUGUUAUUAAUGCUUCUGAUGAUGAAUGGUGGCAAGCCAGGCAGGUUACACCAGAUGGUGAGAGUGAUGAAGUUGGAGUGAUUCCCAGUAAACGGAGGGUUGAGAAGAAAGAACGAGCCCGGUUAAAAACAGUGAAAUUCAAUUCUAAAACAAGAGGAGAUAAAGGGGAGAUCCCUGACGACAUGGGAUCAAAAGGCCUGAAGCAUGUAACUUCUAAUGCCAGCGAUAGUGAAAGUAGUUACCUAAUCUUGAUUACAGAUGAGUAUGGUUGCUCAAAAGGUCCAUCCUGUUUUAAUUAUACUCGACCAGUAAUCAUAUUGGGACCUAUGAAAGACAGGAUAAAUGAUGACCUGAUCUCAGAAUUUCCUGACAAAUUUGGAUCCUGUGUUCCUCAUACAACUAGACCAAAACGAGAUUAUGAGGUAGAUGGAAGAGAUUAUCAUUUUGUGACUUCAAGAGAGCAGAUGGAAAAAGAUAUCCAGGAACACAAAUUCAUUGAAGCUGGCCAGUAUAACAAUCAUCUGUAUGGAACAAGUGUUCAGUCUGUACGAGAAGUAGCAGAAAAGAGCAAACACUGUAUCCUUGAUGUGUCCGGAAAUGCCAUAAAGAGAUUACAGAUUGCACAGCUUUACCCAAUCUCCAUUUUUAUUAAACCCAAAUCCAUGGAAAAUAUCAUGGAAAUGAAUAAGCGUCUAACAGAAGAACAAGCCAGAAAAACAUUUGAGAGAGCCAUGAAACUGGAACAAGAGUUUACUGAACAUUUCACAGCUAUUGUACAAGGAGAUACGCUAGAAGACAUUUACAACCAAGUGAAGCAAAUCAUAGAAGAACAGUCUGGUCCUUACAUCUGGGUUCCAGCAAAAGAAAAAUUAUGAAGACUGAUGUUCUUCUAUUUCUCUUUUUCACAAUCCCAUUUUCAUUGAUCCUUCUUUGCCCUUUCCUUCUGGAGUCUGUUUUCAAUACUCCUUUCAUGUUGAAUCAUAUCCCACUCAUCAUGGUCCGCAGCUGCGCUUAUUUUUGACAUCUAGUGUCUCCUUCAAGUUGCAUCAUCUGUAUUAUGUCACUAUUGGUUCGUGGCCAUUUUUCAGAAUUGAAGACAGAAUGGCCCCACCAGCUAUUAAGGGUUUGGGGAAAUGCGGAAAUUGUGGUAAAAUUCCUUAAUGUUUAAGGGAAAGUAACUUUAAGAGAUUUUCAGAAAAGCUUUAUAUACAUUCUUUUCAAAUUUUAAUACAAAUGAAAGAAAAGUGGUUUUAAUCAGUGAUUUAGUAGACUGAGCAACUAUGCACGCUUAACUUUAAUAGCAUGGUUUGGCCAUUAUAUUAGCUCUCAAGUCCUUUUCUCAAUUGACUUCUGUUAUCAAAGCAAUUAUUUCAUUAUAGACAAAUAAGGAAAAUAUGUUUUUUUAAUUUUGAAAUUAAUGUCUGAGUUAGCUUUCAUAAUUUCACAAAGGAUAUUCAUUUUUCAUAACAGUUCUUCUAAAAGUCUUCUGUUAUUUGAGGGUUUUUUCCCCCCAGUACAUUUGCUAGGAAUAACAAUGUUCAAAUGUUUAUAAUCUACUUGUGCAACACUAUUCGUAGUGUCUUUAAAUAGUUUUUCGUACAUAAUGAUCAUCACAUUUUCUGAAUUGAGACCAUGUUUAGGUGCUAGGGGAGCUUGCCUUUUACACAGAAGGUUGAGAAAAUUUCAUGGACACAAAUACAAAACAGACAUUACAGUGGUGAUGUAGUAAUUAUUAUGGCAAUGGAAAAAGAGUCCAAUUCAUAGCCUAAAACUUUAAAUGUAUUCUUAGGGGUCAGAUUUUAAUGAAUAUUUUACCCACAAUAACUGCCUAUUUUGUUAUAAUAAAAUAUACAUAUAUAAAUAUAUAUAAAACUUUCUUUAACUGAACUCUGUAACUAUGGAAAUUAUUUUCUUUACAUAGUUGCAUACACACACAAACAUAUAUAUAUAUAUUUAAAAUAUAUUUUUUUCUUUUGCCACCUACUCCUAACUUUUUAUUUGGUUUUUAAAUUAAAUAUUAAUUGAUUAGACUUACUUUCCUUAAUCAUGUGAACUGCAAACGGGGUAUAUGGCGGUUGUGAGGAGAAACCUUUAGGGAAAUUAGGUUACAAGAAAAAGUAUGGGCAUGUUCUCCUCUUUUCUACAGAAGUUUUCAAAUGUUUCCUGGUUUUUUCAUCAUCGUUGUUCUUGUUAUUGGGUUUGAUUUUGGUCCUCUGCCUUUCCUUCUCCCAGUUCUCCUUUCUUUAAUAGACAGGCAAAAG